GAUACUGGACAUAGUAUAUGACAAGGUGAGAUGUGGAAGUGUAUUGUGUUAGCUUUGGGCGCCAUCGCAGUAGCCGCUAAUGGCGCAGAAAAGUGGUUGCAAGUUGAAUUAGUAGAUCAGGGUCCCGUGCGUGGGAGGCUAGACCCAGAUGGCGGUCUUUACAGGUUUUAUAACAUCCCUUAUGCCACAGCGCCGACAGGAAGAGACAAAUUUAAGGCGCCUCUGCCUGCUCCAAAAUGGACUGAGCCUUUCGAUGCAAAAGACAGAAACAUUCGAUGCCCUCAGGGUAACGUAUUUGAACCUGAAGACUGCCUUGUAGCUAACGUGUACGUGCCUGAUACAACGGACAAAAACUUACCUGUUGUUGUCUCCAUACACGGCGGAGCUUAUCAAAUUGGCUACGGUACUAACAGAGUUUACAGAAAUUUUGUCCGAGACAAUAAAUUGAUAAUGGUCACAUUUAACUACAGACUCGCGGUACAUGGGUUCUUAUGUCUUGGUACGGAGGAUGUUCCUGGCAAUGCUGGGCUAAAAGACCAAGUUGCUGCGCUUCGUUGGGUUAACAAAAAUAUUGCUAACUUCGGAGGUAAUCCCCAAGAUGUAACCUUAUCGGCCUGCAGCGCCGGAGGUGGCUCCGCAGAUAUGCUAACCCUCUCAAGCAUCACCAAGGGUCUUUUUCAAAGAGCUAUCAUUGGCAGCGGCGUCAGUACUGGCGCGGUUGGGGUACAAAUUGACCCAAUUGAAAACGCUAAAACGUAUGCAAAGUUAUUAAAUUUCAAUGAUGUUGAUAACAUGGAGAGCUUGGAAGAAUUUUACAGGACCGCUUCAUUUGAAACGUUGACAUCGCAAAGUCAACAUAUAACAAACAACGAAGAUGUUGCUAUUUUGUUUAGUCCUUGUGUUGAAAAAGAUGUAGGCCAGGAGAGAGUUAUUACGGAUGCUCCUAUGACUGUUAUAAAAACAGGUAAUUACACAAAGAUACCUCUGCUGUAUGGAUUUGCAAACAUGGAAGGUUUGAUGAGACUUCCUUUCUACAGCGAAUGGAAGGAUAAGAUGAAUGAGAAAUUUUCUGACUUUUUGCCCGCUGAACUGCAUUUUGAAAGUGAAACUGUCAAGGAAGAGGUGGCUCAGCAAGUUAAACAAUUUUACUUUGGAGAUAAGCCAGUGGGUGAUGAAACUAUUUUGACCUAUAUAGACUUCUUUACUGAUGUCUUAUUUGGGUACCCCAUGUUAAGCCAGCUAAGUGCUCGAGUAGAAUCUCUUGGUGAUACCAUAUAUCUGUAUGAAUAUGAGUUUGUGGAAGAGAAAACUCCAUCUAUACUAGAUACUAACGUUAAGGGAUCCGGCCAUUGUGACCAAACUCGAGUGAUUGGAGAUCAACUGAAUGCUUCACCAGAGUUUACAGAAAUGGCGAAUAUUGUCAGACAAUAUUUUGUCAAUUUUAUUAAAACCGGUAAUCCAACGCCACCCGGAUCAGGAUUCGGUACUUGGACUCCAGCGAACGCCAAGCGAACUCCUCACAUGCUGUUGGGUAAUGUGCGACAACUGAGAGAGGAUAUCUUAACAACUGAAGAUGGAAAGGACAGAGGAGCUUUCUGGGAUGGAAUCUAUGCGAAAUACUACCGAGGGCCAGUACUGAUCGCAGCGGACCCUGUACCAGGUGGAACUGUGUCACUUGCUAUCUCAAAAUGUGUUUUAUUCAUCGUGCUCCUAAUAACCCUAAUGUUUAAUAUGUAAUGUUAGAAUGUCUUUCGUAUUUAAGUGAUAUUAAAAUAGUUAAAGCUAAUUUAUGUAUUGUAUAUUGGAAACGUAAUUUUUGAUUGUAGUUCGUACGUUAUGUGGCAAUCAGAUGACUUUCAAUAAAGCAAUUGAUUGAUUGCCGAAACAAUAUAAGGGAACUUACAUUUUCGAAAAAUGUUGUUGUUUUAAAUAGCACUGGAUCUGAAAUAUAUUGUCAAGCUAUCAUCAAGGAAAAUAAAGGGAUAUAAUUGUUCAUGUA